AUGCCGUUCACCGAGGCUAACACAAAGCGUGUUGCUUCAUUAUUUAGACAGGCUUUGAGGACGGCGUUCGAUUCAUCGCUCAAAUUUGAUGCAUACAGAAGAGAGACAAUCAAGAUUAGACAACAGUUCGAAGCUGGAAGACAUGUUUCAGAUGUUAACGAAUUGGAGACGUUGAUCGAGAAAACCAGGGCCAAGCUCCAAGAGUGGAAACACCCUGACCCUUACAUUCCUCCUUGCAGACCUGGCGGUACGAAGUAUGAGAGAAACUUGCCUUCACCAAAGGGGGCUGUUAUCCCAGGCGAUUGGUAG